UUUGAGGCUGCGCAGUAACGCUCAGCACUCACAGGAAAAGUGCUUUUCUUUGACUGGGUAACCCAUAACCCAUAACUAACUCAGCUCAUGGAGCGUGUCAUGGGAGGUGGAGUGCUGCCGCUUGUUCUAGCAGGUGCAGGGAUCUUGCUGCUUUAUCGGAUAAUUGUACGUCUCAGACCAGGAGCUGCUCUGCAGGAUGCUGUGGUGGUCAUCACAGGGGCCAGCUCUGGACUGGGGAAAGAGUGUGCUCAGGUCUUCCAUGCAGCAGGCGCACGGCUCGUGCUGUGUGGACGAGAUGCAGCCCGCCUGCAGCAGGUGGUCCAGGAGCUCACAGCAAGUUUACCAAGCUCAGGGCGGCAGACUUACACUCCCAGCACCGUUAUCUUCGAUCUGGCUGACACAGACUCAGUGGACAGAGCUGCAGAGGAGAUCCUGAAAUGUUACGGACAAGUGGAUGUCCUGAUCAAUAAUGCUGGAAUCAGUUACCGCGGCAACAUACUGGAUACACACAUUUCAGUUCAGCGGGAUGUUAUGGAAACAAAUUACUUUGGGCCUGUUGCGCUUACUCAAGCUCUCCUGCCCUCCAUGGUUCAUCGGCGCAGUGGCCACAUUGUUGUCAUCAGCAGUGUCCAGGGCAAGAUAGCCAUUCCUUACAGAUCAGCUUAUGCAGCCUCUAAGCACGCGACCCAGGCCUACUUUGACUGCUUGCGGGCCGAGGUUGAGCGCUACGGGAUUCCAGUGACUGUGAUCAGUCCAGGGUACAUCCGAACCAGCCUGUCGGUCAACGCUGUUACAUGUGACGGCUCUAAGUAUGGAGUUUUAGAUAAAACCACAGAAAUCGGUAAGGACCCCAGGGAUGUGGCUCAUGCAGUUCUGAAGGCUGUCCGUCAGAGGAGCAAAGAUGUUGUUUUGGCAGGACCUCUGCCCAAUCUGGCCAUUUACCUCCGCACACUGUGGCCUGUACUCUUCUUCAAAUUGAUGGCCUCUCGCGCUCGCAAGGAGCAGAAACCAAAAGACGAGUGAUGACGGCAGCAUGUGAGGACCACAAGGCUCACAGGGCAUGUCAGAGGCACAUGGGCUAAAACAUGAAAGUGACUACUCUAGAUGAAGGACAAGAGGUGGGAACAGAUGCAGCUCAAUAGUAACACAAAACAAACCAGAAACCCUUUUUGUUGUAACAGGAUCUAUGGUGAGUGUCUUUUAUGGUUUUGACUUGCACCUGUGGUGGACCAGUUAGCAAGGUGUGUUGUUCAGCUAUUUCAGACAUUGACAAGACUCAAAGCUGUGCGGAAUAGACGUGAGCAUGUGAUGCUGUUUUUCAGAUUGACUCUUGUGGAUUUGGUUGACAAAUAAAAUGCUUUAACUGUUAUCUAUUUACUGGAGCAUUAAUCUUUAAUUUGUAAUUCUGUCAGGUCUGGGAAAUAUUAUUGUCCCUUUAGGAGCACUACUACUAUCUCACAGUCUUCUGGUGUCCCACUCAUGAUAAUUACCCUUAAAAGCAUACAGUAUACAAGGUAAUGACUGAAAAAGAGAACAGAUUUAAUUUGUAAACAUAACUGACUUGCUGUUCACCUGAACAGUAGAAACAACUGUUUCUACCAAAAUGCAGGAUUUAAGUGUUCUGUAUGCUGUAUUUGCAGAGGCUCUACCCACACCUGUUGCAGAAAGAU